ACUCAGUUUCAUCUGGUACUUCAUUGGUAGAUCAUAUAAAGCUUUUGUUAGUGUAUUUUGUUUCAAAAUUAUUGUUCACAGUAUUUCAAUAAAAAUUUAUUACAGUAGUUACAACAUUUUAUAUUUUUAAGGCUAUAAAUCACUAGUGUAAUAUUUUAGCUGAGAAGUAAAAUACAGGUAGCUAUUUCUUUUUACUUAGGUUACUUACUUUACUUUUUUUACUUCUGUUGUCUUCGCCGCAGUCUGCUGACCGGGGAAUUGUCAUUGUCCCUUGAACGGGGUUUUCCACGGCACUAGCCGCUAUCUGAGGAAUGGCGACUAGUAACGGAACCCAAGACAAAGCAGGUGGGGACUAUGUUUUUGAAAGAGACUUUAUCUACCCAAAUGCACCCAGUAAAUGCACGUGGAAGGCGGGCAGUGCCAACGAUGCCAACAAUCCUCAUCAAAUCAAACAGUUGAAGCCAAGACCGAAAUUAAUGGACAACAUUUUGAGUGCGGUUGGUAACACUCCAAUGGUCAGACUCAAUAAUAUUCCCAAAGCAGAAGGAAUUGUCUGUGAAAUGUAUGCAAAAUGUGAAUAUUUGAACCCUGGUGGCAGUGUGAAAGAUCGCAUAGCUUUGAGAAUGAUCGAGAUCGCGGAGGCCAGUGGAGAUAUCAAACCUGGAUACACAUUGAUUGAGCCUACUUCAGGAAACACUGGUGUUGGUCUAGCAAUGGCGGCAGCCGUUAAGGGCUACAAGUGCAUAAUAGUGAUGCCACUGAAGAUGUCGAACGAGAAGGUGAACAUUCUGAAGGCGCUGGGAGCCGAAAUUGUGCGCACGCCCACUGAGGCCUCAUUCGACAGUCCGCAGGGACUCAUCUCGGUCGCUCAGGAGAUCCAGAAGAAAACGCCAAACUCUAUCAUUCUCGAUCAGUACAGGAACGCAGGCAACCCGCUAGCGCACUACGACGGAACGGGUGCGGAAAUUCUGGACCAAUUGGACGGCCGCGUGGACAUGGUGGUGGCCGGAACAGGUACCGGAGGAACGAUUAGCGGAAUCGGUCGUUACUUCAAGGACCACAGUCCGGCCACUGUUGUCGUGGGCGCCGACCCGUGUGGUUCCAUCUUGGCACAGCCCGAAGCGCUCAACGAAAGCGAUGUCACCUUUUACGAGGUCGAGGGUGUCGGCUAUGACUUUCUGCCCACUGUUAUUGAUCGCAGUGUAAUUGAUAAAUGGGUCAAGACAAAGGAUGUGGAUGCCUUACCGAUGGCCAGGAGGCUGAUCAGAGAAGAAGGACUUCUGUGUGGUGGCAGCAGUGGAGGCAUAAUGUGGGCAGCCUUGCAGGCAGCGAAAGGCCUUAGAGCGGACCAACGCUGUGUUGUCGUUCUGGCCGACAACGUUCGCAACUACAUGACCAAAUUCGUAUCUGACGACUGGAUGAAGGAGCGCAAGCUGCUAGCUUAAUCACUGAUCUGGUUGCUGAAUGAAAAAAUUGAAGAUUAUUUUUUGUAAAAUACUGUGGAUGUUAUUAAAUUACUUUUUACAAUAAAUUUUUGGUACUUUUAUCUUUAA